CUGGGUUUCUUUAUUUUCUUGACAAGACUCAAUGGACAAGACCAGAAGAGGUUAUCUGCAAGGUAGCUGGUGUUCAUGAAUGGAUAGAUAAAUAAAUAAGAUUAAUUCUGCAAUGGGCAAAAGAACAAAGAAACGAAGCUGCCCAAAUCCUCUGUUUUUGAAAUUUCUCCAGGAAUGGCGAGACGAAGCGCGAGAGAAGGGACGAACCAAUCUUCAGCAUGCAUACCACAAGGCAUUUUCAUCUAUUCAGAAGUAUCCUUUGCCUCUACGAAAUGGACAAGAGGCAAUGAUUCUUGAGGGCAUAGGACCAAAUAUAGCAAAAAAGCUUGAUGAAGCUUUGGCAUCAUAUCAAGAAAAUAGUGGUUUAGAAGUCUAUGAAGUACUUAGUGUACAAACAACAGUAGCUGAUCCCCCACAAGAAACUGAAAAACCAGUGAAAGACAAUCAAACUAAAAAGAAAGUGCAAAAAAAGCCAACAGAAUAUGCUCCAGGUUAUAGAACAGGAGCUUAUGCCCUUCUGCUUACACUACAUAAACAUCAUCAGAAUGCAGAUUACCCUGGAUUCAUGUCAAAGGAUGAACUCCAAAAGAAAGCUCAGUUACUGAGUGACAAGUCUUUUACUUUACCAGACCCUGGAUGCCGUUAUACCGCUUGGUCAUCCAUGUCCACACUUAUCAAGAAGGGCUUAGUCAUCAAGACUAGUAAUCCUGCUAAAUAUUCUCUCACACCUGAUGGUUCCAACAUGGCAGAAAAAAUCACUGUAGCGUCUGCUACUAAUGGUCCUAUUUCAUCACAUAGUCAAGUACCUUUUGUAAUAGCGCCAGGCCAUCCAUGCCCCACAGAAAACAAAGAAACGCAGAGUGACUGUGAUAGUGAUGACCAUGUUGAUUGGAUUGCGGGCAAAAACCCCACUGUUUUAAAGAAACCAGUGACAACAGUUGGUUGUGUAAAUGUCAGUCCUGUCAGAGAAGAAGAAGUUCAAAGUUAUGAAAAAAGAAAUGAGAUGGAAUUUACACCUGAGUUUAUACUGAGGCCAGGCACCUUCGAUAUUGUUUUGUGUGUGGACUUCAUCGAAACCACUGGUGGAUCCAGUAAGUCCAGGAAAGACGCUCUUGUGAAAGAAUUACAAUCUAAUGGAGUAGAUUUUGAUAUCCGUAAGUUACAAGUUGGAGAUUUCUUGUGGAUCGCUCGUGAGAAAACACGCCAUUCAGUACCAGGAGUUUCUGAUGAUUCUGAGCCCAAAGAGUUGGUGCUGGAUUAUAUUAUUGAGAGGAAAAGAAUGGAUGAUCUGAACAGUAGUAUUAUUGACGGCCGAUUCCGAGAACAGAAAUUUCGACUUCGUAAUUGUGGCCUUCGACACCCUAUAUACCUAGUAGAGGACUUCGGUUCAGCUCAACAUCUUAGUCUUCCAGAAGCAACGCUUAAGCAAGCUAUUGUCAACACACAGGUAACCGACGGUUUUUUUGUCAAAAGGACACACGACAUCAAAGAAUCAGUUGCCUAUCUGACUCUAAUGACUCGAUUCAUACAUAAUUUCUAUUCGGGAAAAACUUUAAUUGCAUGUCCAAGAGAUGAAGUUCAAAAGUCAAGCGAUGGUUCGCAUUUGAUUAACAGCAAGGCAACUAGUGCUCAUCUCCUGACUUUCCAGGAGUUUAGUAAAGAAACUUCAAAGAAUAAGGUUGUCACAGUCAGUGAAAUGUUUGGCAAACAGCUGAUGCAAAUAAGUGGAGUGUCGGCAGAAAAGGCUGCUGCUGUGCUUGGCAGUUAUCCUACCCCUAAAUGUCUCUUGGAAGGUUAUGACAGUCAACCGACAAUAGAGCAAAAGGAAACGAUGCUUUCUUGUUUAAAGUUUGGAAAACAACAAAGAAAUAUUGGCCCGUCAUUGAGUAAACUUAUUUACCAGCUCUACUGUACUAGAAAAGCACUAUCAUAAGAACUGCUUGAGUCCGUAAAGGUACUGACUGUUAUGGACAUAAAGAUCGAUCCCAACCUUGUGUCUUCCGUCACGGCACACUUCUUAGGAAGUACAAAUGAGCUGUAAACGUCCUUUGCUCACGCCUGUGAACAGUUACUUUUCUUCUAAGCGAUGUUAAGGUUAUUUUAAAACGCAUCUAAAGCCUGAGACAACACUUUCAGUAUCGAUUCUAUAUGAAGUGAAUAUAUAUAGUUGAAUGGUUGUGAAAUUUCUUGAUUUGAGUCUUCAAGUUAUAAAGGUCUAAACGUU